CCCCGCCGCCGCCGCCGCUUCGGCCCCUUUGCCACCGCCGCCGCCGCCGCCUCGCGCGGCUCCACGCCGCGCCCCUCUGCCCCGCGCCAUUUUGGUGCUUAUUAGAUAUGUCCUUGAGGGAAUUGGUUUGAUAGAAAAGAAGUUGAAGAAUAGAAUCUGUUGGAAGGGUUUGGAUGAAUCAGGAACUAAUUUGGAUAAUGAUCUUUCAGUUCUGAAGCUUAGGCAACUCAUGUAUUGGGGCCCACCUGGUGUUAAUGAGGUCCAGCUUUGAGUCUAUUGCCUUUGGCAGAAAUAAUAGCGAUGGCAACUCAUGCUGCAAGAAGUUUCCUGAAAGGCAGUGGAGCUUCAUCCAGAGUUCAAUAGGCAAGCAGAUGGCGUAUUGAGUCCUUUGCAAGCCAAACAUAUCAUAACAAGGAUUAAUGUUCAAUGUUUGGCUGCCAUCCUUCAAAAGAAAGAAAGCUUCUAUGAAUUAGAUGACUAUGAUAACAUAAUUGAUUGCAUCUCUUCUCGUGCUGGUGAAGAAUUUGAUAGCUAUUCGGGUAAAGUUGGUGAAGCUGAUACUGAUGGAGUUGAUACAGCUUACCGCCUCCUUGCAGAUCAUAUGAGAAUGAUUUCUGUUACUAAUGCUCCUGGUUCUCAGCUUGGACCUGGACAUGAAGGUCGUGAGUAUUUCCUUAAGUGUGCCGACAAACUGGCUGUGCAAUACGGCCACAAAGUACUUGAGAUACUUGAGCAAGAUCGCUAUGCUGUUAUUGUUUUUACAAGUCUCCUUGAUUCUGAUUUAUGUCCCGAGCUCGAAGGGUACAGAAAAAAGGAUCAAAUAGAAGAAGAUGAAGUGAUGAUUUACCUAAAACUAUAAGGGAGUUGCAGGAUCAGAAUUUGCCAUUUGAUAUGGUAAAGAAGAAAAGGAAGAAAGGUGCCACUUCUGUUGUGUGGUAUGCAACAAGAAUUAUUGAAUUUCUUGGUCGGCGCACACCUAUUGUCCUCAAGAAUAAGAAUACACGCUGCUCUCUAGUAGCACUAUGUAAUGUUCUCCUUCUUGGAGAGAAGAUAACUCUCAAUUUAGAUAUCAAGAAGGUGUCUGAGGGCCACCUCAUCUAUCUUGUCCAGAGUUAUCUGUUGUAUGGGAAUACACAAAUGCAGUUGGAACAAAACUUGGAACUAUCAGAGUUCAAUAAACAAGUUCUUGGUGUAUUGCCGAAACUCCCGGGCAGCUUGUACUUUGAUGUGAAAUAUGCUAGCUCUUGUGGUUUUGAGCAGACCUUGGAAACUGCACUAUUUGGUUGUCUCGGUGUCCCUCUACAUCAUGGUUGGAUGGUUGAUCGCCAGGAUGUGGAGUUGGGCUCCUCCAUACACAGAAGCUCCUACUUCAGACUUGCAGUAACUCUUGCUAUGUAUGAAUCACUUCUACCCGAGCAUCAAAAGUAUGAUGUUGGGUGUAAAUACGACAUGUUCUAUUCUGCGCUUGCAUUCUCUUCAGCUGAACCAGAAGAGCUUACCAGUUGUGCAAGGAUCUCGACUUUUUUGAGGGGCCCUCAGCUAACCCCUUAUGGAUUCUCUUCAUUAAAAAAUGACCUUGAAGAGAGACAGCCCUCUCUCCUACUUUGGAAUGAAACAUUACUUACAGUAUCUAAGGUUGAAGACCAAAUUUAUGUAUUGCUGAAUGAUAUUUCCUUGUUGAGUACUCAUACCGAUGCGGUGUGGGAAAGGUUAAGAGAGGGAAAUGAUGAUGGAUAUUUUGUUGAUUGUAACUUCAUGCCUACAAAUUCAUUGAUUCAAUCAAUACUGCCACUAACAAAAAAUGAAAGAAAGACGUGGAAGAAAAAAGCGGAGAUGGGUCUGAAGGGGCGCUUACUACCCAAGGAGAAAGAGGAGGAUAGGAACGAUGACAAAAAGGAGGAUAGGAACGAGGACAGAGACUAUGAGAAGAAUGAGGAGAAAGAUGAUGAGAAGAAUGAGGAGAAAGACGAUGAGAAGACUGAGGAGAAAGAUGAUGGGAAGACCGAGGAGAAAGGUGAUGGGAAGGCUGAGGAGGAGGAUGAGAAUAUACAGGAGAAAGCAAUUAUAUCUGGCAUGCGUGGCAACUUGAAUAUGAGGCCUAUUGAUUUUUUCGGACGAUCUACCCAUAUUAUCCACCAGAUAAAUGAUGGCCCAUGCGCCCUAAUUGCCAUCUGCAAUAUUCUACUGCUCAAGGGGGACAUCUUUUUUGAACGAGAUGAAACUGUGGUUUCAAUGGAUUAUCUACUUAAUCUUGUCUUCACUCUUAUUAGAGAAAGUGCUAAAAUGCAGGCCUAUUCUCCUGAAAUACGAAGACAGAUAUGGGAUGUGGCACCAAAACUGGCCGAAGGGUUUGACAUGAAUGUUGUCUUCAACAGAACAGAUGGGUUUACGAUGACACCAGAAUGGUUGCUUCUGGAUUGCUUGGAUCUCAAUAUUCUGCAUGGUUGGAUUCCCAAUGUGGAUUUGUUGCCCGGACCUGAAGUACCCGAAGUAUCAUAUGAAAGACUUACUCUGAAAUCUCUUGAACCUGAUUGUCCAAAUGCGGAGACGAUCGAGAACUUUUUAAAUGGACAUCAACUUACUCUCAUUGGGUCCACACGUCAGUCGAUAGAGAAGAAUCUUGCAUUCUCCUACACGAAUGGGGAGAAGAGAUGAGUCAUAGGCAAUUGUUCAAAAAAAAAAUGGGUGUUGAAGAUCUAAUUGGUAAUCUGUUGGAGUUCUCUUCCGUUCUCUAAUUGUCAAAAGGUAGAUUUUAAUAGAAAUAAAUAUGAGCAAUCUCCUGGAGAUGCUCUUAAGCUGAGCAUCGUCAACAAGGCUUAGGAGUCGUACUGCAUCGAUCUAAACAUGUCAACUAAUCGAGAUCAUCGAUGGUUCAGGUACGAGUGUGUGUGGUGUGUGGGUUAUUGAGGCGGCAAGCAAGGUCGGUGCUUUAGUUUUUUUUUCCUUGGCUAGGAGUACGAGUUGAAUAAUUUAAAUGUUGAUGCUUUUCAAUUUAAAUCUUUGAAUUGUUAUUUUCAACGUGCCGUAUGGAUUUUUGUGAAUUUAUAUAUGUGGAGGCUCCACAGCUACAGAGAAAAGUCUGACAAGCCACACUUUGGAUCAACGUAUAUAAAUCAUAAGGUCAGUCUCAGCAGAGUUUCAUGGCA